AUGGUUCGCAUCGAGAAGGACGACCUCCCCGCGGAGGAACAAGAUCUGCUGGAGUUCCUGUCGGAAGACAGCGACGAAGGCGAAGAUGACGACCCUGAACAGGCCGAGGAGAAGCUGAAGGAGAAGCUUUCGCAGAUGGAGCCUCUCCUGCAGAUGGACUACUCCUUUCCUUCCACGAUUGUCCUCGUGGGCGUGCCCAAGGUCGGCAAGGACAAGCACGAGAAGCUGCGCCUCGUCCUCGACAAGAAGAUGGUUGAGGAGCUGUCGAAGAAGGGUGCCGAGAGCGUCAACGAAGGUCUGACCAUCUCGAUGCCUGUCAACGAAGAAACCGGAAUGACCAAGGGAUUCUGCUUUGUCACCUUCAGCAACCAGUUCAACGCACAGCACGCAGCACACCACCUCAAUGGUUGGGCCCUCGACGCAAAGCAUACCUUCAGGGCUGCGCUGCUGGAUGAUUUUGACGAGAUCGUCGGGCGCGGGGCAAACUACCGACCUCCCAUCAAGUUGCUUGGAUUCACCCGCGAAAACUUCCGCUGGUGGCUGCUCGACGCUCGGGGUCGUGAACAAUUCGUCAUUCGCUACGCCGAUGAGACGGAGAUUUACUGGCACGACCCGAUCGAGCGGGACUGCAGUGUGUUGGUGUACAACGGUCACCGCGAAAGAGCCGACGGCAAGCGCGUGUGGACGGACUUCCGCGUGCAGUGGUCGCCGCAAGGCUCUUUCCUCGCCACUUUCCACAGGCCGGGUAUUGCGCUGUGGGCCGGGGACCAGUUCGAAAAGAAGGUUCGCUUCGAACACAAGGACGUCAAGCAGAUCGAUUUCUCGCCGAACGAGACCUACGUGAUCACGUGGGAUGGGAGCCCGGCGCAGCUCCGCAACGAGAAGGCCGUGCGCAUCUGGAAGGUCAUGACUGGUGAGUUGCUUCGUCAGUUCCCAACGCCCGCCCACUCCCCGCGUGGCGGCGAGUAUCCACACUUCCUCUUCUCCCACGACGACCGAUACGUCGCCCGAAUGGGCGAGAAGGAACUCUGCGUCUACCAGAUGGAGUGCGACGAGGAGCCGGAAGCUGCCGACGGCGAGAAGGGCGAAGACAAAGGCAGGAAGGGCCAGGACCGCUGCGCCGUGCGUCUUCUCCGCGACCCACGAGACGGCAAGCUUUCGUCUUUGAAGUAUCCUCUCGAGAAGUUUGAGUGGUCGCCCACAGAAAACAUCAUCUCUGUGUGGAUCAAGGGCUCUGAGGACGCUCCAGGUCGUCUGCUCUUGGUCGAGAUCCCCAGCCGUCGCGAGUUGAGCAGCAAGAACGUGUACAACGUCAAGGGCGCAUCCAUGCACUGGCAAUCCAAGGGCGACUUCCUUUGCCUUCGAACGGUCGCGUUCAAGAAGACUGGCAAGAAGGGAAAGAAGGAAUUCACGCAGCUUGAGAUCUUCCGCAUGCGGGAGAAGGACAUCCCCGUGGACAACGUCCAACUCAACGACGUCGCGGUCCAACUCCACUGGGAAGAAGGCUACAGCAAGAGAUUCGCGCUCGUCGUCCACGACGAGCAGACGAGCAACCAAGCCCUCCGAUUCUACCGCGUUUGUGACGCCAGCGAAGACGGCAAGCGCGACACGACGUUGAUCUACUCCUUCGACAUCAGUGGAUACAUGAACUACAUGCAGUGGUCACCUUUCGGCUCUUACUUCAUUCUGGCGUCUCUCGGUCUCGACGGCACUCUCCUGUUCUGCUGCCUGAACGACCAAGACACUGUGCAGGUUCUCCACAUGGAUGAGCACUUCAUGGUGAACGAAGUCAGGUGGUCAGCGUGUGGACGGUACCUCAGCACAGCGGUCGUCCUGCCGAUGCUCCCCAGCAGCAACACUGCCUCCUUCCGUCUGGGCUCCAACACAGGUUACAAGAUCUGGACGUUCCAGGGAAAGCUGCAGUACAAGUGUCAGAAGGACCAGUUCUACCAGUUCCUGUGGAGGCCGCAUCCUCCGUCUCUGUUGAAGAAAGAGAAGAUCGAGGAAAUCAAGAAGAAAAUGAAGGACUACAGCAAACGGUACGAGGCCGAGGACGAAAAACUGCGACUUGAGCAGCGAUCCGCCUUCAUUCGUCAACGAAAGGAGGAAAUGGACGAGUUCACCAGGGUCCUUGAUGGCCUUAACCAAUGGAAAGUCGAUCAUGAUAUGUAUGACGAGUGGCAGCUGGCGUACGAAACGUUCGACGCCCAGUUUGACUGGGAGGAUAAAGAAGAAGUUAUCGAAGAAGAACUCGAAGUUAAGGAGGAGAUCAUCACGUAA